AUGGCCUCUGCAACAGGUAUAUUACCUCACUCAACAGGAAAACUCUCACGAGAAGAGUAUCGUAAACAAAAGGAUCUCGAUGCGGCUCGGAAAGCGGGCACCGCACCAGCAGCUGUAGAUUCAGAGGGCAAAGUCAUCAAUCCCCACAUCCCUCAAUACAUUGCGCAGGCCCCAUGGUAUCUCGACACAGGCGCACCCUCACUAGCCCACCAGCGUAUUCCGGAGUACGAUCGCUCCGCAGACAAGCUCGACAACUGGUACGACCGUGGGGCCAAGGCUGGACCUGCAGCGAAGAAGUACAGGAAAGGCGCUUGUGAGAACUGCGGUGCCAUGACACACAAACGACAAGACUGUCUGGAGCGGCCGCGAAAGCGGGGAGCAAAGUAUACAGGAUCGGACAUCGCGCCGGACGAAGUAAUCCAGGAUGUUGCGGCGGGCUACGAUGCGAAGCGAGACAGGUGGAACGGAUACGACCCAGCGGAGCACAAGAAAGUCUAUGAGGAGUACCAGGCGGUGGAGGCAGCGCGACAGAAGCUUAGGGAAGAGGAGAUCGACAAGCAGACGACGACAGACUUAGCUGCUGUACGCAAGGUCGCGAAGGCAGGGAAGGAGAAAGCGGAAGGAGAGAAGAAGGACGACGAUUUCGGUAGUAGCGAUGAAGAUGACGAAGAUGCGGACAAGUACGCCGAGUCCGCAGACGCUGUCGGUCAGAAACUCGACACCAAGACCCGUAUCACUGUGCGUAAUCUGCGUAUCCGAGAAGACACAGCGAAGUACCUCAUCAAUCUCGACCCGUCAUCUGCGUACUAUGACCCGAAAACACGAUCGAUGCGCGACAACCCACUGAUGAAUGUCCCGCCUGAAGAAGCCCGCUUUGCUGGCGAGAACUUCCUGCGAUACUCUGGUGAAGCCGCCGAUGUACAGAAGCUCCAGCUCUUUGCUUGGCAAGCGGCUUCACGCGGCAAUGAUGUGCAUGUAACUUCAAAUCCCACCGAGGGCCAGCUCCUUCAUCAGCAGUACCAGAAGGCCAAGGAGCAGCUUAAGGAUACAACCAAAGUCAGCAUUCUAGCGAGAUAUGGCGGAGAAGAGUACCUCCAGAAGGCGCCGAAGGAGCUACUACAGGGUCAGACGGAGGAAUAUGUUGAAUUCUCUCGGACGGGCCAGAUCGUGAAGGGCCGGGAGAGGGCCAAGGCGCGAUCGAAAUACGCCGAAGAUGUGUACAUCAAUAAUCAUACUUCCGUCUGGGGCUCUUGGUACGACUUAGCCACGAGCCAAUGGGGCUACGCAUGCUGCCACUCCACCGUACACAUCUCGUACUGUACUGGUCAAGCUGGCAUUGCAGCUACCCAGGCUUCAAGUGCGCAGAACCUCCUUGCUUCCUCUUCCGAGCCGUCGACUUCCGCUGUUGCCUCGGGCUCGACAGAGCCAACGAUAUCCACUAGCGAGACAUCAGAAGAUCGGCGGCGAAAAGCGGAGAGUUUGUUCUCGAAAAAGCGUCUCGGAGAAGGCGACCUACAGCUUGACGAGAGUCGGCUGGCGGAGGCGAUCAAAUCUGAGCGCAAGCGGAAGGGUCGUGGUGGUGAGGAUGAGUACGAGUGGGGAACUGGGAAGAAGAAGAAAGGCGGCGACACUCACGAAGUUACAGAGGAGGAACUCGAGGCAUACAGGAUGAAUAGACGUAUAACCGAAGAUCCGAUGGCCAACUAUGUCGACAAAGAUCUGUAGACUCCGCCACCCCCAAAUUUCCGGCAUCCGCACCACAUGCGAGGUCCGUCGUGUAAUCCACUCUGCACUUCUGCUCUUUCCUGCUUUGUAUAUUACGCUACGCGAGAGAAGCGUCCCAGCUUACCUGCAUUUAAAUCCAUCCGCUUCGGUGUCUGUCUGCCUAGCGAACAGUUUGGCUAUAAACC